AAAUUAACUAUUUUUUUAUAUUUAUCUGGUUUAAAAAAAUAAGAUACCUUAGACUCUUGUUAUCAUUUCCGGCCCAAUUAUGAGUUAAUAAAUACUAAUACAUAGUCAGCCACCUAUGUUGAUAUUAUCUUCACUGUUAAAAACUGAAAAGUAAUGAGGCCUAUUAACGUCAAAGAAAAACAUCCUUGUAGUUCAUCUCCUGACCUUUCCAGCCAAGAAUACAAUUUCUGUGAUAUUUGUACUCGUAACAUAGAACAUGGGGCAUUUGGCUGGAAAAGGCAUCAUUACUCUGACAAGCACGGAUGGUUUUUACAAAAUUUACUUGAAUCCUGGCUUACCGUCUUGAAGCCUAUUUUAUCCUGGCGUAGACCUUUAUCCCUUGAACAGGCUAUUAGCGAUCAGAAAAAAGCACAUACCAAAAUUGGAACUACGCGAGAAGAGGAAAUAUACAACGCAAUGAGUAGCGACGACAAAUCACUAUUGCAAAUUGUUUCGGGCCAGCGAGACCACUUACUGGCUCAACCGUUUGGUUGUAGUUUUUGCAAAUGCUGUGUUGACUUCACUCCGUUUUCCGAAGAAGCCUCAAAUAAGGUCUGCAACAACGCGCUGACUGAAGAUAUACAUGAAAUGCUAUUGCCCAGGAUUUGGAAACAUUUUAGCUCAGAAGAGCACCGAAAACAAGUCUUCGAUUUUUGGAGGCAUCAUCGUAUGGAACACCAUGCAAAAAAAAACUUAGAGAGGUCAAGUUCUGACAAACCUGAGUAUUCAAGACGUGGUAAGAAGAUUACAUUUAAUCCGAACUUUAAACUCUUUCAAGUCGAAAGUUUUUUUCUAACGGCGCUACAGCUUCAGUCUAAGCUUGAAGACUGGAGUUACCUAAACAGGUUAUUGAAUGAUCAAAAUAUUAUUUUGACCAGCUUGUUGGAAGCUUGUUCUGUAAAGUCAACUAAAGCACCGAUGGUUGACAAGGGGGGCUACGAAGCAGUCAGUUAUUUGGUUGCUGAUGAUGAUGCAAAUUACCCUUUUGCAAACAGCAGCGAUCCGAGUUCACUGCGACCCCCCGAAAACUACGGUGCAGUCAAACUUUUAGCGAAGCCAUUAAAAUAUGGUUCGAAUAAAAAAAAAGCAGCUCCGUGGGACAAGGGCAGCCAUGACAAACUGAGUUACGCUUGUUUUCAACGACUGUCUAUGCAAACUCCCUGCGAUGCAGAUAGCACCUCCCGAUCAGUGCUUCCUAGAAAGCGCACGGGGGUCGCAUGGGCUGAGGUAGUACGUGCGACCCUAAAAGAAAAUCCAGAUUGGACCGCUGAAAUUUCAGUCGAAACAUUAAAGAAAACAAAAUUCUUAACAAAAAAAACCCAGGCGAGAAAGAACGAUACCUCGCCAAGUAUUAACAAAAAGUUCUAAACAAACAAACUCGA